CAUCUCACGACUGAGAUACAAAAACACAUCCUGUGGACUUCAUGGCAUUUUCAUUUGCAGUCCCAAGAAUAAUAUAAUGGGACGUAAUAAUUGUACUAACCAGAAUGGGUCCACAGUUGUGCAUGUUAAAGGUUGUCCAGGCAGCAGCACUGUCUCUGCAAGUGUCUCCACAAGUGUUUCCACCGGAGGCACACCUUCGGAUAGUAAAUUUCCUGGAAUAGUUAUUGCUUUGGGAGUUGUACUUGGGGUAUUUCUUGUUGCUGUUGCUAUUGGAGCAUUUUUGUUCCUGAGGCAAAGGAGAUGUCACUGCUGUUGUACGAUAUACUGCCAUGUAUUCUUCCCUAGUGAGCCUAUCCCUCCUGACACACCAACUAAGCCGCGAAGACCAAGCCUCAUUGGGAUUUCAAAAUAUAAACAUGGACCUAUUCUUGUGGAAAACUUCGCAGCUCAUGUGAAACUCUUGCAUACGGAUGGUGACUACAGAUUCAAUCAGGAAUUUGAAUCAUUACAAAGUGUUCAUGUCAAAAGCAAGUCAUGGAUACACAGUGAAAAACCAGAGAACCAGUCCAAAAACAGAUAUAAUAAUAUUGUAGCUUAUGAUCAUUCAAGGGUGAUUCUGUCACUGACAGAAAAUGAACCUGAUUCUCACUAUAUUAAUGGAAACUAUGUUGAUAGCUUCAAGAAAGUAAAUGCUUACAUUGCAACUCAAGGACCCAUGGCCAACACCAUCAAUGAUUUUUGGAGGAUGGUCUGGGAACAAAACUGCACAGUUGUUGUUAUGAUAACAAACAUCAUAGAAAAGGGAAGGCAUAAGUGUGCAAUGUACUGGCCUUCUAAACAAGCUAAGAGUGAAGUUCAUGGUCCUUUAAGAGUAACCUACCUUGAUGAGGAGGCUUUCGCUCAUUACACUCUGCGUAGAUUUGAAGUAAAACCAGUUGAACACAGCACACACUAUAGUCAGUAUAAAUAUUCAUCUAGGAUGGUUACCAUUGGCAUAAACUGGGAUGCUAGUACAGAAGAGGAAGUAAAACCAAUGAUUGUGUGUCAGUACCAUUUCACUGGCUGGCCAGACCAUGGUGCUCCAGAUCCAGGCUGUGAAUACCCAGCUCUUGACUUUAUAUCCAAGUCAAGUGCUGCUAGUCAAGAUGGGGCAGGUCCCAUCAUUGUUCACUGCAGUGCGGGUGUUGGCCGAAGUGGGGCGUACAUUGUUAUUCACAGUAUGGUGAAAAGAAUGCUAGAGACGGGAGAUGUAAACAUCUUUGACUUUCUUGCUCAAAUACGUCAACAGAGAAAUCAUCUUGUACAAGAAGAGUGUCAGUACAUUUUUGUACACGAUGCCUUGCUACAUUUCAUUGAAAGUGGGUUUCAGCUAUCAAUCCACAUAGAUAAUCUGAGAGACUGUGUACAGAAAUUGAGGAAGAACUGUUCAAGUGCAAGCGGGCUUGAAUUGGAAUUUGAGAGCUUGAAUGGAAUUCAAGUAAGACACUACAAUUUGAAGCAAGCCAGGCGAGGUUGCAAUUUAGCAAAGAAUCGAUCAGUAGAUUAUAUCCCAGCUGACAGUUCCAGAGUUGAGUUGUAUCCUCGCCCAAGGGAGGAAGGUUCAGAUUACAUCAAUGCAACGUAUCUUGCGGGUUUCUGGAAGACCGAAGCAUACAUAGCGACUCAGUAUCCUUUAGAAGAGACUACAGACGACUUUUGGAGGAUGGUCUGGCAGGAAAACAGUCGCUCACUUGUCAUGCUGCUUAGCAAAGCAGAGAUGGAGGAGGGUUAUUACCAUAGGUAUCUACCGCCUUUACAUGAAACAACCAGGUUCGGUGACUAUGAGGUGACCGCCGACUCCGAGGCCACACGUGGUGACAUUGUGCUCACAGAGCUAAGAAUGGUCUCCAUUAAGGACCCUAGUGAGUACAGAAAUAUCCGACAUUUUCACUUUCUUCACUGGCCUGAGGAUGGCAAUCCAUGGUCUGGUCAGACUAUUCUUCAACUGAUCUGUAAAGUGGACAGCUGGGAGAAGGAAGUACGACUUAAUGCUAAACCAUUUGAGGUGAUCGGACCAGUUGUGGUGCACUGCAACUAUGGAGUGGGGCGCACGGGUGCUUACUGUCUACUGCAUACAAUGUACCAUCAGAUUGAACGCGAUAAGAGUGUCUCCAUUUAUCAGAUAGCUCGCCUAUACAAUCAUCAGAGACCUCGCUGUGUAUCAACUCUGGGGCAGUACGAGUUUUGUUAUGAUACAUUGGUGGAGUAUAUUGAAGCAGACUGUUCCUUACAUCUUGUGUGACUUCAACGUUUGGAUUAAAGUCGUGAGAAGAAAAAGAAUUUAAACGCUGAUUUUGAAAAUAAUAGAUGAUGUCGAUGUUGAUUUUGGAACAAAAAAAUCAAACAGAACUACCCCUAAUGAAGUAGAUAGAAACCAAGAUUGGUAAGUUUGGAGAACUGAGAUCAACAGCGAUUGGAAUGUUGAAGUUGGUAAGGUAACCAAAGCGGAAAUCAACUUCAAGGGUCGUUAACUAAUGUAAAUGUCCCAGAAAGUCGCGCCCCAAAAGCUGGCAGUUUUAGGAUUUUUGUUUUAGCCUCUCGACAGUGGUAACAGAUUACCGAGCCUUUGGAUAGAGUUGAUAUAUUCCAAGAAAAAGCUAAUUACAAAUAUGCUAACGUAGAAAAAGUGCUUUAAAACUAUGGUAGGUUUAAGUUAUAAAAAGUAUGAUUCAUAGAAAAUCAGCUAUGCAGUAAAUAGUAAAUAGGUAUAUACUGUGAAUUGUACAAUAGUAGUCUCGAUCGUCGUUUAAAUUUUUUUUUUAUAAAGUAUACUUUGAAUUUCUCUUUGGCUUAGUUUGAAAAUCACGUAAAUUGCAGUUCAGGAUUAGUUUGGACGGUUUACGGUCUCAUUUCCAAGAUGAACCUCAGAAGUUCCGUAUUACGCUAUUUUUUAUUACUUUUUUUAGUUUUUUUUUUUUUUUUUUUUUACCCAGUUACUGUACAGUAGAUUCUGUUGUAAAAAAAAAAAAAAGGUUAUGUAAUUUGAACAUUCCGAUUGAUUACGAGACUUGUACAUAUGUUUAGAGUUGUUUAUUACCUUAAUGAUAUAGGAAUAAAUAAAGGCAAGCAUUUCAAAAUUUAA